UGAUCCCACGUGUGACGAUUCCAUUCCCGGCUCAGUAAUAUUCUCAUAGCAGGGCUUUGCAUAGCUUUUGCCGUGUCUGUGUUUGUGUGUUACUGUAGUUACUGCCUAUAGUUUGGUUAGCUAUGGAAGGAGACGGGAGUCAAGCCACAUCUGGAAGCCCAAAUGAUUCACAACAUGACCCGGGUAAAAUGUUUAUCGGUGGCCUCAGCUGGCAAACCUCACCAGACAGCCUUAGAGACUAUUUUAGCAAAUUCGGAGAAAUAAGAGAAUGUAUGGUGAUGAGAGACCCCACAACAAAACGUUCCAGAGGAUUUGGGUUUGUUACAUUUGCAGAUGCUGCCAGUGUAGAUAAAGUCUUAGCUCAACCACACCAUGAAUUAGACUCAAAGACGAUUGAUCCAAAGGUUGCCUUUCCUCGACGUGCUCAACCUAAGAUGGUCACAAGAACAAAGAAAAUAUUCGUGGGAGGAUUGUCAGCCAACACAGUAGUCGAAGACGUGAAGCAGUAUUUUGAACAGUUUGGGAAGGUAGAAGAUGCAAUGCUUAUGUUUGAUAAGACUACUAACAGACAUAGAGGAUUUGGCUUUGUAACUUUCGAGAGUGAAGACGUCGUAGAGAAAGUCUGUGAAAUUCAUUUUCAUGAAAUCAAUAAUAAAAUGGUAGAAUGUAAGAAAGCCCAGCCCAAGGAGGUGAUGUUCCCACCAGGCACGCGAGGCAGGGCCAGGGGCCUACCCUACACCAUGGACGCCUUCAUGCUGGGGAUGGGCAUGCUGAGUUACCCUAACAUUGUGGCGACAUACGGCCGGGGAUACACUGGAUUCGCCCCAAGCUACAGCUACCAGUUCCCUGGAUUCCCGGCGACGGCGUAUGGUCCGGUGGCGGCGGCAGCGGUGGCGGCAGCGCGUGGCUCAGGUAGGGAGGCCCGUGGAAGAGGCGGCUACAUGGCGUACCCACAGAACGCAGGGCCAGGCUUUCCCGAUUAUGGGUUUUACUCUGCACCCAGUGACCAGAGGGGGGCGCCCUGCUCCUUUGCUGACUAUGGCACCCUGGGGCCCCAGGCGGCUCAGAUGCUGCACAGUGAGCAUCAUGCCACCUCCGCCUGCAACUCCCCCCUCCAGCACCUGCACAGCCCGGAUCAGUUUAAGAGCCCAGGGGGAAACCCGCCCCGGCCCGGAGGUUUCCAUGGUGCCAACAGCCCUGGGCCUGUGGCUGACCUGUACGGCCCUGGCGGACAGGAGUCCAAUGUGGGCAACUACAUCAGUGCUGCUAGUCCCCAGCCUGGCUCCGGCUUUGGCCACAGCAUCGCAGGCCCGUUGAUUGCGACAGCUUUUACAAAUGGAUACCAUUGAACAGGUGGUCGGUUGCCAUCUCAUUGGAGCAGAGUCUAUCUGGUGGUUCAGGGAAGACAGGCCGAAGCUUCUAAUUGGCUCUGUGUACAGGUGAUGUCAUCCAACUUCAAGCACUACAGCAUCACCCAGGAGAAAUGAGGAGGUGGAACCACAUGAGGAACAAAAAAAAGUUAAAAUCAUCUCAGAAAAAAAGAACUGCUGUACCAUAAUCCAAACCUGUAACCUGACAACCUGGUUUGUUAUGAUGUUUCAUAUUGAUUUCGUUCACUUUUUUCUUUGCUUUUAUUACUGAUUAGUUAUAGCGAGGCGUUUUAUUCUGGUCCUAAUUAUGUGUAUUUUUUUGAUUUUCUCUUCUAGUGUAUUCAUGUAGGUUUAUUUGUCUUGUCUCUUCAUAGUGAACAAUGUUCACAACUCAUGUCUAAACCUUUGGUACCAAUCGUUGAAACAAAAAACAAACAAAAAAAUCUGUGCUUCAGGUGUCUUUUUGCACACAAAAUAAAUCCAAAGUGGACAGGCUUGGAAAAAGACAACAUCCAUUUCAUUUCAAACAAUUCGAGAGGGUAACUAACUAAUAAAUCUUAGUAGCUGUUUUGAA